GGCAAUGUCACGUUACGGUGCACCUCAUUAUCAUAAUCCGAGCAAAGAGACACAUUCUCUGUUUUGACCUUUUUGCAGUCACCAGGAGGAGUACCAGGGCUGACGUGAAGAUGCCGAGAUGCUACCGUAAUGACAUUGAACUAUUAGCUUUGCCGAGGGCAUUUGCGCAAACAUGCAAAGAAAACACGAUGCACGAACCCUGACAAGCCCGUGUUACUACCAAACUUGGCUAGAACACACCAAAUUCAACUGCCGAUAGGAGGUCGACUAUAAAAGCACUGCUCUCAGAACGAAAAAUUCUCAUCCAGUCGACUUCCUGUCUUCGUUCUUUCCUCGCAAUCCCCUUACUUCAGUAGCUUUAUCAGCCUCACCCCCACAAUCUUUAUAACAAUGCGCUCUUUCAGCUCCCUCUCCGUCCUGUUCACCGUCGCCCUCGGCGCUUUCACCUCCGCUGCCCCUGCAUCGUCCCCCGUUGCAGUUCUCGCUGGCAAAGCAGCCGGACUCCCUGCUCUCCCUGCUGUUGGGGAAGUCACUCAACAUCUUCCUGCCGCUGCUCGUGGACUCCCUCAGGUGCCUGAUGUUAGCAAGGAAGUCAACAAAGUUAAGGAGACCGCUCAUCUUGCCCGUGACUCUACUCCACGUUCGAUUGCUAUGAUUAUGACUGGUUCGUUCUCUGAGAUUGCUCCGUACUGCCAGCAACUCCAAUAUGUCAACGCUAAGAAUGCUACCGUGGUUGCUAUUACCCCUGCUGUCACCAAGAUCAGGACUUCUUUGACUGCCGCUGUCACUGAGAUCCAGUUGCUCAAGGGUCAACCCCUUUCUAUCAUCCUCCGUGCUGUUGAUGGUGUUACUAUCCUUACGGUGGCUGGGCUUGCUCAGAUCAUCGCCAUCGACCUUGCUAUUAUCUUCCGUGCUCUCGGUGCUGUGUUGGCUGUCGUUACUAUUGACGCUCAUGCUGCUGUCUUUGCUUUGCUUGUGACUGUCGGAGCUGUUGUUGGAACUUUGCUGCAGGUUGUGGUCGGCCUUGUUGCUGGUCUCGCUGUUGCUGUUUUGGGACUGCUCGAUGCUACCGUCAAGAGCAUCAUCGUUGAACUUAGCCUCAAGCUGGUCAUCAGUGUUCUCGGAAUCACUGUCUAAUUUUAGACACACGGUAUAUUCGUUGAUGGCUUGCAUCUCUGGUGUCAUCGUAUUUUAGUGCCUCAUCUAAUAUAUCUUUUUCUGUCAUC